AUGUAUGUAUGUAUAUGUAUAAUUAACUCAUUAUACAUCCAUAUUUUUAAAUAUAUUUCAUUCUCUCUCUUAGGUGAUAUGAUGACAUUGUUAAUGAAACGUGAUACACUGACAGAGCCUCAAACACAGUUCUAUAUAGCAGAAACUGUUCUAGCUAUUGAUUCAAUUCAUAAAAUGGGUUUCAUUCAUCGUGAUAUUAAACCGGAUAAUUUGCUACUUGAUGCAAAAGGUCAUAUUAAACUUAGCGAUUUCGGUUUAUGUACAGGCUUGAAAAAGGCACAUCGAACGGAUUUCUACAAAGAUUUAUCUCAAGCGAAACCAAGUGAUUUUUCUGAACAAUCGCAGUUAUCUAUCGUAACUAGUAGGGAUAAAUGCGAAGUUUAUUAA